AUGAUGGAGACUAUGGGCCGAAUCGAUUCUGCAGAAAAUUCCGAUGAAUUUGCAAGCCUCGUUGACAUGGUUGAGCUGAAGAGCCGGCAGAAUGCAAGAAAAAGAAAAGUUUUCCUCAGCGUAUUCGCCACUGUGAUUUACAGCGUUUUUUUACUUUGGGAGUUUGUUGGAAGUGUUUUGUACACGGUCCGCGCAGUUGAAUGCUCCGCUGGAGACAAACUAGAAUCGUUCCAUUGUGGCGACAUCGAUACGUUUUCCUUCUCCAAAGAACUAGAAUUGGCGUGGUAUAUCACACGACUAGUUCAAAUGAUUUUCAUUGUUCUUGGAAUACAGAAAUUGCCUGAUUUCCUUGGUUACGUGGCCACUUUACAUAAGCUUAAAACCCUACCAGCAUUUUGGACUCUCCUUCUUUUGUUGAUGAUGGGUCUCGUUAGAUAUGUGAUACUUCUUGCUUUAUCAAAUAAUCUAAUGACUGGUGUUUUGACAUUAUUUUUCAUUCUCAGCUGCAUUUUCAAAUUCCUAAUCGUGGGGAUUGUUAAUUAUUGCCAGCUUAAUUCUUUAACGCAGCGAAAUCCAAGAUUUGUUUUAGUGCUUGUGAAAAUUACAUUCAUAGUUAUUCUAGUGCAGUGUAUCAUUGACUUUUGCCUAGCAAUAAUGCAGCUUGCCUUAUUCGCCGACGACUUUAAUAAGUUGAAGAUCUGAAAAUCGACGAACUUCCAUGUUGUUGCCAAUUUGUUAAGAAAGUCAGCUGAGUGUUCAUUUCACUAUAAAACUAUGGAUUUCUUUUGGGAAAAACUUUUUAAUGACCACAAGAACAUUCUUGAAAGUUACCAUGUUCGCUUAAACCAGUCCUUGAUGCGACGAGUUUAAAACUAGUGCUUCAAUGAAAGGUAGUAAACUUUUUACUUAACAAUUUGAAUAAAUAAUGUAAUGUGAUAUAAAGUUUGUAGAGUUGUGUGGGGGACUAGGUCAAUUUCGUUUCGCAUUGCACCAUGGGGCUGUUCUCUUGAGGACGCUGUAACGAAGACGACGGCACAGUGAGCUGUUUAUCACUUACAUUGUUCAAAAACAAAAUCUAAUCCAAAUAAUUAGAAAUACGUGUAGAACCUCGCGAGGCUCGGGACAGGGUGGUCGGAAAAAUGUUAGGGAUGGGAUGAGUGGAAAUAAAGUGGAUUUUGCGGUAUCUGUGAAGAGUGAAGGAGUUGAAUAUGGGGCCGUGAAAUAAGAAGGCGAGUCUCGUUUUGGUUGGAGUGAAUUUGAACCCAGUCCCUUUGCUUCAAAAGAGGAAGGGAUGGGAUCAAAAUAGAAGAAAUAGAAGUAGAAGAAGAACCAGCAAAGAAUGGUUAGUCAAAUACUAGUUUAGGCGGGGGUUAAUUUAAGUCUAAACCAUUGGACUUACACGCAAAGUUAUAUCUCCAACCGUGGUACAAGGGCGAGGCCGGUUGUUGAUGGAACCCCUCCCCUGAGUUUUUGAUAUGUUGCAGUAUUUCGAAAAGAUUUUACCUUAAGUGGAAGCCUUUCUCGAUACGAUGAGGUAUAUUUCAUUGGUGGUGGCGCUGCUGGAGGCCUGUGACGUCACCAAAAAUGGUAGCCAUCUUGGAUUUUACCAAGGAUUAGAAAUCAGGUAAAAACGUAGAGAAUGUAUUUUUGUUUUGCGCAGGACAUGUAAAACAAUAAUAAGUACUUUGCUUCAUUUUAUCCACAAACUUUACGUUAGUUGUUGAAACAAGUUGAAAAAAAUAUGCAUUUUCAGUUAACAAUAACUUGACAACCUGCGGCGUGAUACCGCGAUAGGAACUGAUCAUCACCAAACUUUCCUCAAAAUGCGCACGAGAGACAAAGAGACAGCUACAAACGUCAGAUGCUGGUAUUUGAUCGUCUAGAAAAAAAAUUACAGCAUCCACCCCUCCCCCUUCCUUUGCAGGUCCUUGUUAAGACAAGUGAGAUGGCCUUACGCUUAUGAUGCAAAUGAAUCCAGUAUAAAACGAUUCUGAAACGUUUUGUUUAUCACGUGAUGUGGUUAGAAACUAAGGCCACUAAACAAGUUCGAUGAUGUCAGCUUUCUCAGCCAGAAAACAUAAAAAACGACUUUCGAAAGUUCAUUUUCAGCGAAAUAGAUUAGUUGAACAAGGAGAAGAUGCAGUGAAAAGAAGUAGACUGAGUGGAAAAGUACUUAUUUCAAAGGUGGGUAACUCCAUAAAUAAGAAAAAGUAGGAAAGAAGGUAGAGUAGUAGUAUUUAAGUAAUCUCACUUUUAGAAUUAAAUUGCCACUCGGCAUGUUGAUUAUAAUCCCCGUACCUAAUUAUGAUGAUCUUCUUAAUUAUUUAUAUUCUUUGUGAAAUUUCCAUUUAAUGACCCCUCUUACGUUAACAGUUUUCAGGGUUAAUCUUAGUAGUAUUACAGUGAAACCUCUAUUAAGCGGACACCUUCGGGACCUUCCGAAGUGUCUACUUAAUAAAGGGUGUCCGUUUGAAAGAGGUUUGUAAAAUUUGCGCAAUGUUUGUUACAGCUGUGCUGUACUUGGUGCAAGACUUUUAGGUGAACUUUGAUCGCGGAUGACAGUCAUACGGCUGGAUAUCGGUCUAAUCUACAGUUUAUUGACAGCUAAAUGAAUUGAUUUAUCUUUAUAAAUCGACUACAAUACGUACUUCUAGGACGUAAUCCAAUACUACUAUUGUCAAUUCAGUCCGGUGUUCGCUUAAUAGAGGUUUUUAACAAUAGAAAUUUGCCAAAUACAAUAUAUUUUAAUGUCCGCGUCCGCUUAAUAGAGGUGUCCGCUGAAUAGGGGUCGUUAUAAAGGGAAAUAUAACACGUUAAUUUCGGGACCCGGCUUAGCUAGUGUCCGCUUAAUUGGCGGUCCGCUUAAUAGAGGGUACACUGUAUUUAGUUUUUAAAUCUUGUUCAGCGUUUUUAACCAUUGUUCAAGAACUCUUCCGAAUCUUUAGCCUGACUAGCCUUAAAAAGUUGUACAUUAAUUAUAAAGCGAGAGAAAGCAAACUCUGCGUGGUUUUUUGUUGACGUUGACAGUGUAUUUCCUUUUGUUCUAUUCAUGUAGAUGGCAUAUCAGGCUCGCGUUGCUACUGACAUUCCCUACAUCGAUAUUAAAGCCAUGAGAGACAAAUCCCCGGAUGUUCGCGAUCGUUCCUCAUUAGAAGGGUGGCCAGCGCUCAGCUCCACCCCUGUGAGGGCAAUCGGCUGCGUAAGCUACAUUCUGUUUCUAACCUGGCAGAUGAUUGGCUUAGUCCUGUACUCCAUCCGAGUAUUUGAGGCGACGAUCAUUGCUCGAAAAAGUAGUUACCAGUCCUCCAAUAUAACCACAUACCCUUAUUCUCAAGAACUGGAAUUCGCCUGGGUGAUUUCGCAGAUAGUAAACACUGGAUUGCUGAUCUCCGCACUCUCGAAAGUCCCCUCAUUUCUUGGCUAUUGCACUAUCCUAGAAUCUCUUGUUCAUCUCUCAUCCUUUUGGAGCCUUUUGGUCUUGUAUGGAAUAUCCAUUUUACGUUAUCUUCUCAUGAUUAUACUUAAAAGUGACUCGAGUGAAGAAAUUUCUUUGCUUAUGGCGUUUAUGAUUUCUGAAGGGACUCAGGUCAUUUUCAUUGGCUUUCUCAAUUUCACUCAAGUAAACCAUUUUCGAAAGAAGUAUUCCCUGAUCGUUUUGGCCUUCUUUAAAUUGAACAUAUUUCUUCUGUUCUUGGCUUUCUUCGUAAAGUUUGUUGCUAACAUUUUGCAACUUACUUUGCAUAUUUAUGGCAUGGAUGAUGAUGUCGCGAUUUCUUCAGACUUUUUGGAGUUGUUGGGUGCAGUCCGAAAAUUUACCUCGAUUUAUUUCAAGUACAGACUGUAUGUUUUCUACUGGGAAAAGCUAUUUUCUGACAACCGGAAUAUUCUUUGCCAUCACGAUCAUUUGCAUUAG